CUGGAGGCGAGGCAGGAGGCAGGGGUGAGGGACAGGUGGUGUACAGGUGACGCUGCCGCCUGAUGAGUACACAGGUGAGAAGGAAGUGCCACGCCACCAUUCUGCCAAGGAGAGAGUGGCGCCGUGGCACUGCUCCUCAACGUCUUUCAUGGCACCCUAUGAUAAGAGAGAGAUCCCAAAUCAUACAAUGAAUUUGGGGGCAUCUGUACGUGUCAACAAGUGUGGGGUGUGUGUGUUGAUGACGCUGAUGGUGAUGGUAGUACUCCUCUACAAGUAUGGCAACAACACAGAGUUCAAGAGAGAAGUUGUGAGUUUGAGGAGCUUAUUGUCAGCGGCAAUAGAUGCUGCUGAACGAGGGGGUAGAGUUGUCUAUGAUAUUCGUGAGGCGGCCACCUUGCAUGAACAGAGUAAGGGCAAGACGAAAGAGGGAGCCAAUGAUCCAGUGACUGAUGGAGACAUUAAGUCCCAUCUUACAAUGUUCUUCUCCCUUCAGAAAUCCUUCCCUGCCAUCAAGAUAAUUUCAGAGGAGCACAGCCUCAAUGAUGUGGAUGUGUCCUCUGUGUCUCCAGCCGCUCUCCUCCAUCCUGAGGUGACGGCAGCCAUACCAGAAGACCAGAUGGUUCCAGCAGGAGACAUUCGAGUCUGGAUUGACCCUCUGGAUGCCACCCAGGAGUACACAGAAAACUUGAGAGAAUAUGUGACCACCAUGGUGUGUGUGGCAGUGAGGGGACAUCCUACCAUUGGGGUGAUUCACAAACCUUUUAGCAAGUCCACAGCCUGGGCCUGGGUGGGCAAAGGUGUGUCUCCUGCUCUGCGUCAGACAGGAAACCAGGGAGUGGUAAAGAAUGACAUUGCUCACAUCAUAGUGUCUCGCUCUCACGCUGGUGAUGUGAAGACGGUCGCCACUGCUGCAUUUGGCGAGAAGACUGAAGUUAUUCCAGCUGGAGGAGCAGGCUACAAGACCUUGGCAGUGGUGGAGGGAAAGGCAGAUGCGUAUGUACACUCCACAGCAAUCAAGAAGUGGGAUCUCUGUGCAGGAAAUGCUGUACUCUUUGCACUCCACGGCAACAUGACGACUCUGGGUGGUGAUCCUCUGGACUAUGGCAGCCAAGAAGAAUAUAAGAAUGAAGGCGGCGUCUUGGCCACGCUAACCAACCACACUUACUACCUUCAGAAACUCCAGGUUCUUGCUGGUAAGGCAGCAAAGGCAGCCUAAUGAGUUGAAUGGAAUCAUAUCCACGGUAUUUAUAUUCACUAGAUUUAAGGUCGAUACGAGAUAAUUUUUAUAUUGAUGUAUAUAUUUAUGGUAAAUUAUUUUUUAGUUUAAAAGUUGUUGAAAUAAAUAUUAUAUACGGAUUGCAGGGUUCUUGUGUUUCUUUAGGCAUAGUACAUCUAUAAUUUUGUUAAUGUGGUUUAAUACUGUAUAGAUGUGCCAUAGGUAAGUGACUACCAAUACCUGGAGGGUCUACAGAGUGAAUGCUAUUAAUGUUUUAUAUUAUUUUAAUGAAUUGAAUUGUAUUUUAUGCUCACCUUGUAUCAUGUUGUUAACCUUUUAUGAUAUUUAUGUUGGCUUUAAAUCAUCUUCAUAAUAUUCUUGGUGUUUCAUGUUGACUCUACAUUGGCCUCACAUUUCAAGCCACUUAUUCCAUAGAGUUACUGAAGUGUUGUUGAAUGGCUUCUAGAGGUACAGUAGCCAUGUUGGUCUCCCUUUGUGGUGUGUGUAUAGCAGGCCAAGGCACACAAGGAACAGAGAAGUGUUGAAUCUCAUAUUUCAUCAGCACUGUAACAUUACCAUGGAAUUGGAAUGCCUAGGAUGUUUGUUAAAGGGAGUUAAGUUGCUGCUGCUCAUUACACUUGUACCCUGGCAUGAUUCUCUUUACAGCUCUCUAUUUUCCAUUUUCUGUCUAUUUUAUUUUCCUUCAAAUCAGAUGCUGCUGAAAGUUUUUGUAUUGAAUUUGCUGCUUUAGUACAAUUUUCUUUGUUCUGAAAAGUUGUUUGUUUGAAUAGUGAGAGAGUAGGUGAGUGAAGAUUGUUGUUGAUGUAAGGCUGUUGAGCUUUUAUUUGAUAUGGUUUGAUUUUAAUAGAAGCUAGUUAAGAAUGAGCAAAUUAUGUCUCAGUGAUUAUCUUGGUAUGAUUGGUAACAUGUUGAAUUUGCAUUAUCUUGAGUGCUCUGUCAGGGUUCAGAAGGUCCUUCCUCUAGAUAAAUUUUCCAUAUUUUUAUGAUGCUUCUGUAGGAGUAUUGUACAUUGGCUGGCUAUAAGGUUUUGGGAAGGUGGAUAAUUCAAAUUGUUGGUUACAAAUUGUGAAGGAUGAGGCUCUAGUUGUGUUGAUUCUAUGUCAGGGACUUAAUCUACUGUGUUUUGUGCCUGUUUCAUUGACUCCUCAUACAGGCUAUUAUUUCCUGCUCUUCCCUUGGUUUUCUGGUUGGCUAGAAUUUUGUGCAGUGUUCCAUAUGCUAGCUCCUGUGGUAAAAGUGGGAGGUAGAAGUUGUGUUGUGAUAAGCAUUGUCUUCUUACCUGGGAAAUGUGUUGAAGAUCAGAAGACAUUGUCAGUCACAGUAUUGUUGACCCUUUACCCAUCCAGUCCAACUCUCCAAGUUGAUAUAUACAUAUAUGUACAAUGAAUUGUGUAUUGUACCUGAUAUUGAAUUCCUCUUAGACUGCACUUGUUAGCAGCAAUCAUGCCAAUGUAUUUCUCACUUGUCCUCUUUGGUGGUGGUUGAAUGCAGCUACAUAGAACUUAUUUCAGUCAUUCUGCUACAAUUAUGGGAUGUGCAGACCUACCAAUUAUGUUGUGAUGCAAGUGUUGUUGUCACCUUUGCUUUAACAGGAAGGUGUGCUGGGAUCAGUUACUAGCCCAACAUGUCUAGCCAAGGACUUAGGUAAUGUAAGUCAGGGGUGUAUGAUCUUGUAAAUGGGCAUUGAAUAAUGCAGGAAUAAACACAUUUACUUAAAAA